GAAGGGUGGGUGUGAGAGUACUAGCCAUAAGAUGAAAUGCAGGCUGUGGGAAACAAGUGGAGAUAAAUGCUAGAAGUUAAGCUUUGCUUGUAAUAUGGCAUUAGAUGAGAUGGUCCCUCCUCCUCCUUGCCCUGAAAGGUACCCUGUCUGUGCCAAUGUGCUUUUUUCUCAUGUAAAUGAGGAGAGAGAUGGUUUGCAGAGGAUGGGAUGGGAUCAGACACUGUGCCUGCAGGCAGCUCAGCUUCUCCUCCUCCUCAUGGCACCAGAGGUCGCUCUGAUUUUCUUAAAGACAGUUCACACAUCUUUACCUCCCCAGACCUCCCUUAUCGCUUGCAUCUCAGCAGAGUUUCACAGAUGCUAGGAGGUGAUGCACACAUCAUGCCCAUAUGAACUGGCAUGAAAAAAGACGCCCUGGGCACACAACAUCUGCAUUCUAAUCUGGGGAAGGAAAAGAUUCUAUUAGGCAGCAGCAAGUUUACACUCUCACAACUCCUGGAUCAGAGGGGAAGGAUCCGACCAAGGACUUACCUAUUAUAGUCGGACAGUAGGUCUACAGGAAUCUGACCUUUCUCUUCUGGGAUUGCCUAUAACAAGUUUCCACCAUUACUUCCAAAAGUGAAGAAGAUUUCCUAGCCCUGGCAGCGUCCAGGCUGAGCCGACGUAAGAGGGUGAUUGGAGCGGCAAUAGGGGUGGCCAUGGUCCUCAUCUUGCUAAUAGCCAUUCCUUUACUGGUCAGCAGCUCCAAGACAAGUACCCACUAUGAGAUGCUGGGCAGCUGCAAGAUGGUGUGUGACCCCUACACCCCCCAGACUGGAGCUUCUUCUGCAGAGUCCAGCCAAGAGUAUGCCCUUAUCUCACCACCACCCCAUCUGCAGGGGGCCAAGGCUGACCAGGGCAGAAAGGGAAAAUCGGGACUUAGAGGAUUACCUGGACCUUCAGGGCCACCGGGUCCAAAAGGUCCUCCGGGGGAACCAGGCCGACCUGGACCUCCUGGACCACCAGGUCCUGGUCCUGGGGGUUAUGUCUCGUCCUACUACAGCCCGAAGAUCGCCUUCUAUUCUGGGCUGAGGAAACCACACGAGGGCUACGAAGUUCUGCGUUUUGAUGAUGUGGUGACUAAUGUUGGCAACUACUAUGAGCCCUCCACCGGCAAGUUCACCUGUCCCCUACCUGGCAUCUACUUUUUCGCUUACCACGUGCUGAUGAGAGGUGGGGAUGGGACCAGUAUGUGGGCAGACUUGAUGAAGAACACACAGGUUCGAGCUAGCGCCAUUGCUCAGGAUGCAGAUCAGAACUACGACUAUGCCAGUAACAGCGUCAUACUGCAUCUGGAUGUGGGGGAUGAGGUAUAUGUAAAGCUGGAUGGAGGCAAAGUGCAUGGUGGGAACACUAAUAAAUACAGCACUUUCUCUGGUUUCAUCAUCUACCCUGAUUGAGGAAUUAGACCCGCAAAGAAAAUUUUCAUGAACCCUCUCCUUGCCAGAACCUCCUGCAAGACUCCACGCACCUGUUUCUAACCGUUAACCUCCUGGGCACCUUAACCACUUUUCUGUUAGAGAUUGCUAGUACAUGCAAUGUUGCUAGUUACUCAUUUAGCAAAGGAGAGGUUAACAAUUAUUCCUUCCUUUCAAUUUGAGCAAACCACUAAAGCUUCCAUUGUAGGGAGCUAGAAAAGAGGACUUCUUUUUUUGAUCUGCAGAACAUUCUCAUACUUGCUGGUUAUCAGACAUUUCAUCUUGGAAAUCAUGGAUAACUCAAUGUUCCUUUAAUUUUGUAUCUUUGAAAAUGACGGGGCUUAGAGACUACACCUGGGGCAAAUACUACACAGGAGUAAGGUGAACCAUCUGUGUGCAUGUAUGUAAUUAAUUAUGUGUCACCACUUGUCAGUAGGUGGACACAGAAGACAAUUUAAACAAAGUUGACUUAUCUAUGGACACAUCAUCCUUAACGCUCGACUUGCAACACAGAAUUUCACUAGGGAGACAGGUCUGUUUUAUGCUUUCAAAUGUAAUGUUCCAGAAGUUUUUGUCCAGGAACAAGAAUGACUAUAUUCUGAAAAGAUUUUGGUGUUCUAAAGGGAACCCUCAUUGAAUAUAUUUAAUGUUAAAUGUUUAAAAAGCUAAUACUUCCACAGUUAUGUAAAUGGAUUGCUAUAGAUUCACGAAGACAGCUGCAACCUGUUUUUCAUUUCACAAGUCCCAUCAGUGCAACAUCUGCUAAAUCGCUGCAAGCCUGUCUUUUCUUCUAUACAAGUUAUAUAAACCAAAGUCAGUGACCUCCAGUCAUCAUUUUACCAAGCAGUGAACAAUGGUUGGAGAAACCAAGCAUAUUGGACAAUAAUAUGAAGCGUAGCAAGGGGAGGAGGAAAUUACUCAUCCAAAAUUUAUGGACAGUUUGUCAAACAUUGAUGUCCAGACUUGACUGGAUAACAUAUAAGAAGCAUAGGUUUACUUUCUCAAAUUCUUAUCCAAUGUAUGUUUGUAUGUGAAUGAGUGAUUAAGAUGACAGAUGAGUGUCUCAUUCAGCACUGCUCCCUCUACAGGCGGAGGAGAGCAAUGGUAUGCAUUGAGUGCUCCUGUAAAGGACUCUUGCCCCGACAAUAGUGCUGUGGCUCUGCAUGCUGCUGGGUUUUAUGUCUCCACCUCUCUGUCCCUUGUCUCUCUGUUGUGCAGCGUGAACUAUUGGAGUGUUUUGUACAACUACUAAUAAAACACACGUGAUUCCAAAUAAGAACUAA